UACAGAUGAGCACAUGGGCAAAUUGAGGGUAAUUCACUGACCCAUGAUCAGACAGCUGAGAAGUGGCAAAGGCAGGAUUUGAACCCAGAACCUCUGGCUCCACACACUAGUAAUCUAAACCACUCUCUCUACAAUACAACGUACAUGGUAAAGACGUGUAGUGGGCACGCAAUCAACGUAGGUCCCUUCACAGUUGCUGGGAGAGGCAGGAAUUCACACUUCCUCCGCGUUCUCCUCCGCUGCCCACCUGUCCUGGAUCACUCCUGCAGCCCUGCCCUGCCCUGCCUGGUCUCACCCUCCCUCUGCCAACAGAAGUCUGGGCAGGGUUUUAUGGGCUCUGAUAAGGCCCUGGCAGGGCCAAAGUUCAUGAGCACUUCCUCUUUGCAGGAGGGCCUAGGGGAGGGGACCCAGGUGAUUUGGGUCCUGGCUGGUCACCAGGGAAGCUGGCAAGGGAAGCGAGACUAGGGUGCACUCUAGGAGAAGCCGACAGCCUGAGAGUCCCAGAAGAGGAGCCCUGUGGACCCUCCCCUGCCAGCCACGCCCCUACCCUGGGUAUAAGAGCCACCACCGCCUGCCAUCUGCCACCAUCUCCCACUCCUGCAGCUCUUCUCACAGGACCAGCCACUAGCGCAGCCUCGAGCGAUGGCCUAUGUCCCCGCACCGGGCUACCAGCCCACCUACAACCCGACGCUGCCUUACUACAAGCCCAUCCCGGGCGGGCUCAACGUGGGAAUGUCUGUUUACAUCCAAGGAGUGGCCAGCGAGCACAUGAAGCGGUUCUUCGUGAACUUUGUGGUGGGGCAGGACCCGGGCUCAGACAUCGCCUUUCACUUCAAUCCGCGGUUUGACGGCUGGGACAAGGUGGUCUUCAACACGUUGCAGGGUGGGAAGUGGGGCAGCGAGGAGAGGAAGAGGAGCAUGCCCUUCAAAAAGGGCGCCGCCUUCGAGCUGGUCUUCAUAGUCCUGGCUGAGCACUACAAGGUGGUGGUAAAUGGAAAUCCCUUCUAUGAGUACGGGCACCGGCUUCCCCUACAGGUGGUCACCCACCUGCAGGUGGAUGGGGAUCUGCAACUUCAAUCAAUCAACUUCAUCGGAGGCCAGCCCACCCAGUGCCAGGGACCCCCGAUGAUGCCACCUUACCCUGGUCCCGGACAUUGCCAUCAACAGCUGAGCAGCCUGCCCACCAUGGAAGGACCCCCAACCUUCAACCCGCCUGUGCCAUAUUUCGGGAGGCUGCAAGGAGGGCUCACAGCUCGAAGAACCAUCAUCAUCAAGGGCUAUGUGCCCCCCACAGGCAAGAGCUUUGCCAUCAACUUCAAAGUCGGCUCCUCAGGGGACAUAGCUCUGCACAUUAAUCCCCGCAUGGGCGACGGUACCGUGGUCCGGAACAGCCUUUUGAAUGGCUCGUGGGGAUCCGAGGAGAGGAAGAUCACCCACAACCCAUUUGGUCCUGGGCAGUUCUUUGAUCUGUCCAUUCGCUGUGGCUUGGAUCGAUUCAAGGUUUACGCCAAUGGCCAGCACCUCUUUGACUUCGCCCAUCGCCUCUCGGCCUUCCAGAGGGUGGACACAGUGGAAAUCCAGGGUGAUGUCACCUUGUCCUAUGUCCAGAUCUAAUCUAUUCCUGGGGCCAUAACUCAUGGGAAAACAGAAUGAUCCCCUAGGACUCCUUUCUAAGCCCCUAAUAAAAUGUCUGAGGGCAUCUCAUGA